AUGCCCAUGCUCAUGCCUCAGCUUCUGGCGCUCAAGAUCAGCCGCGUCGGAUUUCACUGUUGCGGCUUCCUUUUGCCCUCGGACAUGCCGCCCGCGAAAGUCAGCCCCAAGGCCAAGGGCGCGCUCGCGCGCUUCGGCAUCGGGGCGACGGGGGGGGGCAAGACCUUCGACAGCAAGGCAAUUGCGCAGGCCGUCAUGGAGUGCGCUCGCAAUGGCACUCUCCAGGCCACCAUCGCGGAGGCGGCGAGCUACGCAUCCCAGCGCGUUUCGGCAGACGUCGUUGGGGCCAACUCUACCUGCGUCGCUCCGCCCGAGAAGAUUCACGAGGUGAUGAGGGCCUCAAAGCAAGCGACAGUCACCAGUGCGGCUUCCCUCGGCAUGCUCGACCUGAACCACAAUGCGUGCAGCGCUGUCGACGUCGCCCGUAUCAUUUUCAUGUUCCAGGAGCACAACGACAGCUUGGCCUUCAAACGGGCUGUCGGGACCAUUUCCAUCAACUACGACACUAUCGUCCACGGAUUUCAGAAGCUGCAGAGGCUUGACAAGGAUGCCGAGGUACACGCUUUGAUGUUGCUCCUUUAUUACACAAAGGACGAUGCGAUUGCCGCUGAAUGUCAGGACUUGCACUUCGAGUACGUGCGAGCGGGCACUGGCUCCAAGGCAACCACUUACACGCUUUCCCUCAUCAAUGCCGAGGAGAAGAAGCGGCAGGUCAUCGGGCUGUCUGCCUGGCGGCGCAUGGUGUUCUACAGCGACCUGUCCGCGAAAGCGGCUCGUGAGGACCGGUUUCCAGAGAGCAAGGGCGAGGGUGACAGAUUGCUGAAAGUUUUGCAGCAGGACGGCGUUCCCGAUUCGAACCUGGACGACAACACUGUGAAACGCUACCUAUCCCUGGGCAGCCGCAUCAAGAAACACAUGGUGUUGCUGAUGACGUGGGAAGCGUGCCACCAACGCGAUUCCCUGCUCGACAACCUCAUGAACUUGCGAAAUGCGUUUGGAGCAAGCGACAACGAGGACGACGCGGCACUCAUUCUGCGGGAGCUGUUCUUGCAACAGCGCGCAGGCGUUCGGAAGCAGCUCCAAUACAAGAACAACAGGAAGGACCCGCGGACCACUGCGAACGUUGCCAAGGCCAUCCUGCUCAAACGCAACAUAUUUUCGUUCUUGGCCGCCGAGCUCCCCAUGCUUGCCGACGAGGUCUCCCACUACAGCAGCGACGAGUACGCGAGGACGAUGUGGGGCGUGACGCCAGAUGGCAUCAAGGUUGCCGACAAGGAUCAGGAUAUGUCCGACAGCGACGGCGAGACCGAUCGC